CUUUUUUGCGCCGUCAGAGGCUCGGGUACAGAAAAAGGUCACGGGUGUGAUAGCGAAGAUGGCGGCCUCCUUGUGUCAGUGUUACCAGCGCGGCAUCCGGAGGAGCUGCCUGUUCCUGACCACACGUCUGUAUGUGUCCACAUUUGGAACAGCUCACACAUACAGGAUAUGCGGAUCACACAAAGCCCUUCCCCAGGUGCGAUAUGCAUCCGGUGGGGGUGGCGGCCGCAAGGGCUUCCUGGGGGAAAUCCUGGACAACAUAAAGCAGGAGCUCGGCAAGAACAAGGAAAUGAAGGAAAACAUUCGGAAGUUUCGGGAAGAAGCCAAGAGGUUGGAGGAGUCGGACGCACUCAAGCAGGCCAGGAGGAAAUACAAAACGAUUGAAUCUGAAACUGUGAAGACAUCUGAGGUACUGAAGCAGAAGCUGGGAUCCCUGUCAGAGACUAUGAAAGAGGGCCUGGAGGAGGUGAGCCGUACAGACCUGGGUAAGAAGGUCAUGGAGGGCAUGGAGGAGGCCGCCAAGACGGCCAAGCGCUCGGCGGAGACCGUGUCCAAGAGUGGGGAGAAGCUGGGCAAGACCGGGGCCUUCAAGGUUAUCUCUCAGGGCAUGGAGACGGUCAAGAAGGAGAUCGAAAUGGGACAGAGCGGCCCCUACCGCCCCCCCCCCCAGUUAAGGAAGAGGACGGACUUCUCCUCCAAAGCGGGGGGGGCGGUGUCCAAGGUCUUUGAAGCUAAUGAGGAAGCCAUGGGUGUGGUUCUACACAAAGACUCAAAGUGGUACCAGCAGUGGAAGGACUUCAAAGAGAACAAUGUGGUUUUCAACAGGUUCUUUGAAAUGAAGAUGAAAUAUGAUGAGAGUGACAACAGCUUUAUCCGCGCCUCGCGUGCCGUCACGGAUAAAGUCACCGAUCUCAUUGGUGGGCUGUUCUCCAAGACGGAGAUGUCUGAAGUGCUGACUGAGAUCCUGAAGGUAGACCCCAACUUUGACAAAGACUCUUUCCUGAAGCAGUGUGAACAGGACAUCAUUCCCAACAUCCUAGAGGCCAUGGUUCGUGGAGAUCUGGACGUCCUGAAGGACUGGUGCUAUGAAGCUACGUACAGCCAACUAGCGCAUCCCAUCCAGCAGGCCAGGACGAUGGGUCUGCAGUUCCACUCUAAGAUCCUGGACAUUGACAACGUCGAUCUUGCCCUGGGGAAGAUGAUGGAACAGGGUCCCGUGCUGAUCAUCACCUUCCAGGCCCAGCUGGUCAUGGUGAUCCGCAACACCAAGGGAGACGUGGUGGAGGGGGACCCGGAGAAGGUCCUGCGUAUGAUGUACGUGUGGGCGCUGUGCCGCGAUCAGGAGGAGCUGAACCCGUACGCGGCCUGGAGGCUGCUGGAUAUCUCCGCAUCCAGUUCAGAGCAGAUCCUCUGAGGGCCGGCCGGUGCAGGGAUGGAGGACGUGGGCAUGCUGGCUUGGCCCAUCACCCGCCAGCAGUCACCUGGAACGACAGGCUGCUCCAUCACCCUCCACCCCCCCCCCAUUCCUGCUCUGCUUGCUUGAGGAGCAGUUCU